AUGCCACGUUCCAUUUUCUGGGCUCUUAUCAAUUUUCCACUACUCAUCACUUCAACAUGUCCUGAUCUACCUGAUCUACAAACCCCGGGAAAAUUGUGUCAAAAGAAUUCGGAAUGUAUGCCAGAUAUGCUGUGCUUCUUUGGCGAAGAAAAUGAGAUUGGAUACGGGAAUUGCUGUACUUAUUCGUUCGAUACCUACAGAAAUGCAAUGUUUGGUUUUGCGAUUGGCGAUAAGGAGUCUCGAAUUUCAGCCGAUUUAUUCUAUCCGCAAAGAGCAGAACCUUGUGAGAGCUCGAAGCAAUGUCAGAGUAAUGAAGUUUGUAUGGUCUCGAUGAAGGAAGAUUACUCUGAGAUAUGGUACGAGAAGCCCAUCAAUUCGACAGAAAGAGGAUACAUAAAGCAUUGCUAUAAAAGAUCCAACGACUGGGCCCAAUCUUCAAACUCUCUGGCACUCAAAUUCUGCAACUCUAGCUAAUCACUGCUACAAAAUCCCCAAAAUGUUCAAUUUUAAAUUUAUAAGGAUAUGGAGAAGUGAUAAGCUGAUUAUAUAUUCUCCACUUAAUCAUGGUCGUUCAAAUAUGACAGUUGAUAAAGCAGAGCUCGUGAUGGAAGAGAUGGAUGAAGCUGAUGAGAGGAGUGUUGAGUGGAAGUUUGCCCUGAACGGAUUGCAAUUGUAUUACUGGAAGCAAUUGAGUGAUUGCUAUUUGAGGUUCAAAGGGAGCCUGAUGAAAGACAUCCCUCCAGCUAUUCUCCGUAUCCGUGGAGCCGACUUAUCGUGCACCGAGGCUGUGCUAGACAGUCAGAAGAAACGACAAAAAACGGAGGAUCUGGAAAUAUUUGGUGGCAGCUUGUUCAUACGACCCCUUCGAAUUGAUAAUGAGGGAGUUUGUGGAAAUCCUGGUCUCAAUUGCCCCGACUGCUUCAUAGACGGAAAACUGCACACCUGCACCAAACAUGAAGAUUGCUAUAGGAUUGGUGACGCGGAAUGGAUCAAUCGAAAUGAAAAGUCGUAUUGCAGUGAUUACAGUUAUCUAGGGAAGCGGUUAUGCAAAACGAAGCAAUACACAUGCCCGCCGGAUUCCUUCAAUUCUGACGGUGUUCUCCUAAAGGAUAAAGCCCAAUGCGUUGAUGACGUGGAUUGUGAGGAUAUGGAGGAUUACGCGAAUAUUUCAAAAGGAAAGGAGAAGUUUUUCCCUCACUGCUUCUACGGUCGAUGCUGUGCAAGAAGAAUGCUGUGCGAUGCCAACGUCUUUCCAUACGCCUUGCCAGUGGAGGCCAACUCACUUAAAGAGCAGGCUCCGUGUUUAAAAGAUGAAGAAUGCGAUUUGUUUCCGGAUUUUUUAGGCACCUGCGUUCACCAUCAGAACGUCACCAACAUCCUGGAGAACCGCCGCUUCAAAUAUUUCCCCACUAACAAUAACGUUAAGCCGAAAGGCUACGGAAUGUGCUGCUACAGUAAGAAGAGCUCGAUUUGCUCGACAGGUGGAACACCGUUCGAAGUUGAGCUCUCCGACGGGCCAUGCUCGAAUCAUAUCGAUUGUAACCCCGACGAGCUACCGUUUAAGUGGAAUGCCUACUGUAGUCAGAAUGCGAAGAGCAAUAUGUGUUGUAGAGAUACCCUAGUUGAUUCCCUGUGCCCGGACGGCUUCACUCCAUACCGUACUCAACAAAAAUGCGAAGGCUACCACCCGUUGAGCAAAUCAUCCGGAAAAUGUCCGAAGAGCAAUGGAAUGUGCCACCGCGGUCAUUGUUGUCCCAGGUUGACAAUCGACGAGGCGAGAAAAGCGACUCCCUACCACCUGAACUACGUCACAGAUACCCAAUGUGACCCAACGGAGCCACUGGAUUUCGUGUAUCGCUGGGCGUUUUGUGAUGAGAUUGAGGAGAAGAUUGUGGUGAUGGGUGAUCGGAAUGCCGAUGGAACUGAGCUCAAUUGGCAGCAGAGUAGGUGUACGAUUAAUAGUGACUGCGGACACCCAAAGUUUCGCUGUGUUCAUCAGGUCUAUGGGCUGAGAUAUUGUGUGGUUCCGCCGGAUUACACUGAACCCAACGACCGGCUUGAUGUCACAUAUUUGUCGAUUUUCAUCAUUGCCACGUUUCUCACAACUCUGCUCAUUAUAAUCUGCACACCGACGCCGGCUUUUUAAAU